AUGCUUACAAUUGAAUUUCAGGUGGUUAUCAUAUACAUUGAAGUAAUAUUCAGCAUCUAUUGUGCUCCAAAAAUAGGCCCCAUAUUAUUCGACCCUCUAGUUUACGAGAGUAAAAAUUCAGUAAAAGCUGGUGAUAACGACGCUAAAGAUACUUCUGUUGACUGGCUAACUCGUGGGCUACGAUCACAAACAACAGAACAAUCAAAGCCAUGUCAAGGCUAUGACUACGAUGUGACUCAGUGCAAAUAUGUCAACGAUAGGAAAAUCUGCGGUUACAACAAAAACAAGGGAGAACUCAAAUCGGAAGAAUACACGGAUGUGGGCAAUGGUUGUCGACAUCGUAAUGGCAGGAUUGAGUGUGGAUAUCUUAAAGCACCAUUUAACAAAAACAAAAGACGACCGCCGGCUAAUGACGAUGCAUCGGGAGAAAUAGUCAAUUCAAGAGAGAAAGAAUUGCGUACAGCCACAGAUAAAACUAAAGGACUUCUGAGUAGUGAAGAUGAUAUUGAAGUUAACAUUCAAAAAAGUUCAAAUAAAACAUCAUCGAACACGAUACAGCAUGCCAUAGCAUUAAAUGUCAGUGACCCGACGCGUCGAGCAAAAAGUUUGAUCGAAAAGAGCACAAAAUAUUGUGUGGUUAAAAAUGAUAGGGUACUGUGCUACAGCGUUACAAAAGUCGUUUAA